UUGGGUCUCGCUCGCUUGAUGGAAGUUUUAUUGAUACUUUUAAGACGAUAUAAAUGACUUAUUAACGUCAUUAUUUCCGUUUUAAUCAGAUAACAAAGUGAAAAUGUGGUAUAUAAGUAGUAUUUAAGAAUAAUACGCACGUCUGUAACGUGUGUAUAGUGAUUCUAAGAUGUAUUUUCAUUACUCGGUAGGAGCCAUUUUUGGUAUAUUUAUUUUGUGUGUUCAUUGUGAUAAUGCUGGCGACAACGAAAUUAAGGAGAUUUACGUUCCGUCCGCUCCUCAGAACUUGACAGCAGAUAAUGUGACUUCGAAAGAGAUACAUCUUCUAUGGACCCCGCCUUCAACUUUCACAGUCCAUCCGGUGCCGAUACGAGAAGACACAACCGAAUCCGAUCCUGUUUCACCUCAGAAGGUUCGGUCACAAAACGACGGGCCGACCAAUGACGUCAUCAAUCCUGCUCCCGAAUCCGUAGCUUCAGAGAGACUCAAAGAGCUAGAGUACCCCUACGAUAUGUACAGAAACGAUAAAAACGAUGAUUAUUCAAAUUCCGGUAUAUUAAUGGACUCUUAUAAGACCAAGAGGGAUCUUUGGUCGCAUCGACACAAAAAACGCUCUCAUGAUAACGUGACCGAAUCGAAGGCACCACAGCUGGAGCAGUACGAAUACUUUGAGGUCAAUCUGCAAAACGACGAACCAAUAGAAGUCGUUAAGAAAACGGUCCAUCCGAAACCGCACAAGGACAUGACACAAAUCGCGUAUAUACUUUAUUACGAGGAAGGCGUUCAGAAUUACGACUUCAAUGCAAGCGGUGUCCAGAAAUCGGCAGACGUCCGAAAGAACAACGUGUUCUUGAGCGAUCUUAUGAUGGAAGACAGUACGAAGCACACGAGGAACCUGACGCUGUGGAAUAAAUCCGGGAUAGCGGCCAAAGUAGUCGCUUUCAACUUGAAGCAUUUGAAGCCGUUCACAGCGUACAAGAUUUGGGUCCGUGCCUUCUACAACACGUCGCCGUACCUCACGGUCCCGGAUUUGUCGACGCACCUCAGCCCAAGAUCGAAGCCGUUGUACGUCAUGACCGACGUGGAGCCUCCGUCCGAACCCAUCAUCUUGAAGUUGUCCUGCGAUAUGGAUAAAGGGUCACUCUACAUACAAUGGCGACAGCCCCUUUACUUCAACAACACGCUCAACCAAUACGUAGUGACCUUGAGGAAGAUCCCGGAACACCACCCGAGGAAGACGGUCACGUUUCCGACCAGCAAGGAUGAUUUGGAAACUUUUUUUAGCGUCCCGGUUGAGCUCUGGAACAAUACUCGCUACGAAGUGAUCCUGUAUGCUGUCACGUUUUCUAUUGCUAAGGAAGGCUCGCUUGUGAUGGGGAAACCUUCGGCCGCUCAGGAGGUGUCGAGCGAGUCGUGUGUGGAGCGCGGCGGGGAGCAGGGGGCGGUGGGGGCAGCGGGGGCGGGUGCGGAAGUGGGGGACGCGCCGCAGGGGGAUGCCAAGACCAAGGCCUUGCUGGCCAUACUGCCUCUGGCGCUACUCGCCGCUGUCGGCCUGGCGUUGGUUUACUGUAGAUGUAGGUCUCGUCUGAGUAAGUGCAUAAGUGCGGCGUACAAUUACUUGGAGGAGGGAGGGGAGAGGGGUGCGAGAGCCCCACUGAACUCCUACAAGAAGCCCGUAGGUAUAGGCAUGGCGCCGGGGUCGGGCGGCUGUGCGGCGGCGGACGGGGGGUCGGCGGGGGGCCGCGGGGGUCCGCCCCCCCGCAUCGCCGGCACCCACCACCCCGCGCUCUCCGCCACCGCCUUCCCGAGACACGUCGCCGCGCUGCAUGCCGACGGAGAUAUUGGAUUUAGUAAAGAAUACGAAAUCGUUGUAUCGAGAUCGAACGCGUUAGGGCACACCAGCCACCACAGCCACCGCCCAGAGAACCGGCUGAAGAACCGGUACUUAAACAUCACUGCCUACGACCACUCCCGCGUGUGCGUGUCGGAGGGGGGGCGGUGCGGCGCGGCGGGGUGCGCGGGGGGCGGCGGUGCGGGCGCGCCCUGCGACUACGUCAACGCCAACUUCAUCGACGGCGUGCUGCCGCAGCUGGGGGCCGACCACCUCGCCAGGAUCAAAGCUAAACUCAGGAAGAGAGAUAAACCUGAUCGGCCGCCGUCAAUAAAACAAUCGAAGCCGCCUCCCCUGCUAGCGGAGGGCAUAGAGUCGGCGUUCCUCAACAUAGAGUUCAGCGGCAUCGUGGAGUCGGAGGACAGAGAGGACUACGACAGCGACAGGAGCGACGACUCCGAGCUGGACGACGUGUAUGUUGACAUCGAUGGCGUGCGCACCCGGAUAAAGCUAGAAUGGGCGCUGUGGAAGCGUCGUUACAUCGCGACGCAGGGCCCCACGCCGGCAACACUCGACGCCUUCUGGAGAAUGAUCUGGCAACACCGGGUGCACACGCUGGUCAUGAUCACCAACUUGGUUGAAAGGGGGCGGCGCAAGUGCGACAUGUACUGGCCGGCGGGCGGGCGCGGCAGUGCGGCGCAGUUCGGGCCCGUGCGCGUCACGCUGCUGCACGAGGACGUGCGCGCCGCCUACACCGUGCGACACAUGAGCGUGCGCGUGCCCGACAGCGAGCCGUCCACCCCGGGCGGCGGGGGGGCGGAGCGCGCCGUGGUGCAGUACCACUACACGGUGUGGCCCGACCACGGCACCCCGCGCCACCCGCUCGCCGUGCUGCCCUUCGUGCGGGCCGCCUCCGCGCACCCCAGCACCGUGCUCGUGCACUGCAGCGCGGGCGUCGGUCGGACCGGCACGUACAUAGUACUGGACGCGCAGCUCAACCAGCUGAAGCUGACGGGAACCCUGUCGCCCCUCGGCUUCCUGUGCCGAGCGCGCACGCAGCGGAACCACCUCGUGCAGACGGAGGAGCAGUACGUGUUCGUGCACGACGCGCUGCUCGAGCACGUGCGCAGCGGGAACACGGAGGUCGAGUUCUCAAACACCCGCCAAUAUUUACUCAAGCUACUCGAAGACAUUACCGAAGAGGAACUAGCGGUUUUGGACCUUAAUCCCGGCAAGAAUAAGGUCGAGAAUGAACCGCCGCCGACCAACGUAAUCGACGAGACUAAUAACGAUACAGGUAGUCAGGAAUCUGUUCGAACAGUUGACUUGGAUAGCGAACCCAAGUCGUCGUCCGAGAGCGAGGAGAAAGAGAUAGUCAAUGGAGACGAGAAAGAGGGAGAAAGGGAGACGCGGGAGGGUGACGGGGAGGGCGUGUAUGAUUUGGCGCCCAGAACCGGGGUGACUUAUGGAGACAAGAUGGCAGCCUACAAUAAUAUGUGUGAAGAGGAGAAAGAAGAAAUUCGAAGGGUGAACCGCGCCGAGAACUACGCUCUGCUGGAACGCAUGAGGGCCUUGGCGAACCGGCACUAUACCUUCCAGGGCCCCGCGCCUGUCAACCUCCUGGAGAAACAGUUCAUGCUGAUAACGCACGGGUGCGCGUGCGCGGGCGGCGGCGCGUGCGGGGGCGCGGGCGGCGGGGCGGGCGCGGCGCUGGGCCCGCACAACGCGCACAAGAACCGGCCGCGGGGCGCGCUGCCGGCCGACGCCGCGCGCGUGCUGCUGCUGCCCAAACCAGGAGUCGAAGGCAGCGAGUACGUGAACGCGUCGUGGGUGUGCGGGCGGCGCCGCCUGCGCGAGUACGCGGUGGCGCAGCACCCGCCCCCCGCGCCCGCCGCCCCCGCCGCGCCCGCCGACCUGCCGGACCAGGCCCAGCUGUGGCGCCUGCUGUGGGACCACACCGCGCAGCUCGUGCUAGUGCUGUCCGACACCACCGACCCGGAAUGUAAAGUGUUCUGGCCGACGGAAGAAGAGAAAGAGUUGUUCGUUGCGAAUUUCCGAGCGAGUUUCGUGUCGAAGGACACGCUCGUCGCGCACCGGAAGGAGGAGCGACGGGGGGAACGGAGGGCGGAGGGGGAGCGGGGGGUGUCCGCCGACAGCCCGCCGCCGCCCAACGGCGAGGCGGAGGGCGGCGGGCGGCGGGACCCCGGCGACUGCGCGGACGACGAGCGGCUCAUCCCCGAGCGCGGCUCCCCGCUCAGCGACGCCGAGCCCGCCUACAGGUUCGACCGCGCCGAUCUACGCCUGGAGCGACUGAGCGGACACCGAGACCUCUCCGCCCGCAAGUCUAUAGCCAACGGCGACCUAUUCUCCUCCGUAUCCGAAAAGAAGAACGGACCCAAAUCGCCGAGAAGUCCUUCGAAGAUGUCCCUCAAGAACUUCAAAUUGAGCUCUCCGACAAAAUUCAAGUUUCCCGACUGGGGGACCAACAGGACGGCCGGCUCCCCCCCGGACACGGCGCCCCCGCCGCCCCCCGUGGCCCCCGCGCUGUCCGUCGAGGAGGAAGCGGAACUGCGGAGACCGUGCUACUAUUUCGAGAAAGUGGACAGUGUGCCGGAAGGCGUGCCGACGGAUAGAGUGAUCGAAGUGACCAAUGUGAGCGUGCAUUCGUUACAAGACGACUACCAGCUCAGUGUUAAGUUUAUACAGUGCAGCGGUUGGCUGGAGGGCGACACGACGCGGUACACAACCGGGAGGCCGGAGGAGAACGAGUACAUCAGGGCCGUGAGGAGAGCGAGCAGUGACUGCGAGAGGGAGCAGGCGCUGGACCGGCUCGUGCAGCCCUACGAGGACUCCUUCGCGCUGCUGGAGUUCGUGGCCGGCUGCCAGAUGGAGUACAAGAACGGGCCGGUGGUCGUCGUAGACAAAUACGGAGGAUGGAAGGCGAUGACGUUCUGCAGUCUGUCGGCUGCGAGCGGGGGGGCGAGGGCCGCGGACGCCAACGACCCGUUCAGGCCGUUCCGCCCGCCCGCAGACGACACCGCCGACCUGUACUGCUGGUCGGCGCUGGCGGCCCACUCGCGGAUCCUGGCCCCCAUUCCGCCGAGCUCCCCCUGUGCGUCCCCGUCCUCGUCCCCCGGUCCCCCCGCGGUCCCCCCGCGCCCCAGCGAGGCCAUACCGCACACCCCUUCGGCGCUGUUGGCCGCGUACUGCGCGCUGGCAUCCUACGGACCGAGGUUACACGCUCCGUCUAUUAGGUGAACCAGGUUCACGGAGUCGUCUCACGAAAAUUAAAGAAAGGUAUUUUAAUGAUUGGAAUACUCACCGCGUUGUGUAUGUCGCGUCAUACGAGCCGGCCAAAUUAAAGUGGCCGAUAUUCCCCGAACAGAUGUAUUAAGAGUUACUCAUAACGUUAGUCAACAUUAUUUAGUAGGAUUACAUUUGUAUUGUGAAGCUGCGUUGCGAGUUACGGCGGGCGUGUUCAUAAGAGUCAGCGUUUUUAUUUUAUUUUUAUUUAUUUAAAAUAUCGACGGUCCUCAUGCGACCAGCUUUGUGCUAAGUAUAUACUACAUGUGAAUAGAUUUGUGUAUAUCGUUCUUAAGUGAUAGUAAAAAAAAUAUGUAUGUAAUUUUUUAUGUGUGUAUUUAAGAUUUUUAAUUAUUCCGUAUUCCGUAUAAUAAGCGAAAUUAUCAAUCUGCAAUUGUUAAAUCAAUGCUCAAAUUGAAUAAAAACAUACAAUAAUCAUCCCGCCGAAAUGAAUACUCUGUCAAAAUGUGUGAAUGUAAAAAAAAAAACAAAAUAUUGAAACGCCCGCUGCAACUCGGACUGUACAAAUUCAAAGAAAAAAAAAAAAAACCUAGAAUUCCGAUUCGAAAUUGUAUUAUGUAAUUAAUUUGAUUAUUUUGGAAAGAAUGCUCAAUACGCGUUUUAGUUGGAAUUGCGACUUUCGAUUGUCGGCUAUAAGAACUAUAUUUCAAUGAUCGUUCUUGGCAGUUCGUUUGUUUGGAAUAUAAGUUCGAAAGUCAAUACGUCGGCUUUGUAUAUUAUGUCAAGUGGUUGUGUGUUUACGUCGAAAGUACUAGAAGGAUUGUUACAUAGGUUAUUCCUUGCCUUACAUUUUGAUAAUGAGGCAGAUGUAGCAUUUUUUACAGAAUUAAAUAUACAUAUAUAUGUUAAAGGCACUUUUAUAGUACCAUAGACUAUAAGCUAUGGUGACCAAUAAUAAUCAGAUGGGUCACAUUCUCAUGUCAUAGACCACUUCCUUCAUCCUCUAAUUAAUAUCAACAGUACAUUAGAAUAUUGUUCAGUUAAAAAAAAACGUUAUAACCAGCGAUAAACGUUCUUAUGUGUAUAGGAUCAAGACACAUUUUUGUAUUCACAAAAUAUCAAAUGUGGUAAUGAUAUGAUUAUAAUUUAUAGUUUUUAAAUCGAGGCCAUAGUAACAGCAUUUAGUUAACCGUGCAAUACUUCCGUUAAAUAAGUACA